AUGGUAUCGGCGACGGAUAUCACCGGGGCGGCCCUGCGCCUUGUUCAACGCGCCGCCGAAGAAGGCGACCCGGAGAGCUCCGAUGGCUCCCAAAAGGAGAUCUUCGCUGCAUGGGCGCUGUUCAUCUCCAUCAUGCUUCUCAUCACCGCUUUCCUGACCAGCUACUUCCUCCAAGAAAGAAAAAUUGAGGCCGUACACGAGACCGUCAUCUCCAUCUUUGCAGGAAUGACUGUCGGCCUUCUGCUGCUCGUGACCUCUGGCGAUUCGAUCCGAAACCUGAUCAGCUUCGACUACCAAAUCUUCUUCAACCUACUGCUUCCUCCGAUCAUCCUAGCUUCGGGCUACGAGCUACAUCAGGCCAAUUUCUUUAGGAACAUGGGCACAAUCUUGACUUUCGCUUUCGCCGGGACGUUCCUAUCGGCUGUAGUGAUCGGUCUCAUCCUCUGGCUUUACGCCUUGACGGGGGUCGAAUCCAUCAGCAUGUCGUUUGUCGAUGCUAUUUCUGUCGGCGCGACUCUGUCGGCUACCGACCCUGUGACGAUUCUGGCCAUCUUCAACUCGUACAAGGUCGAUCCCAAACUGUACACCAUUAUUUUUGGCGAGUCGAUUCUUAACGAUGCCAUUGCUAUCGUCAUCUUCGACACGGCUCAGAAGUACAAGAAAGGUGACGCGUCUAAGCUUGGUUUCUUGAGCUUUUUCGAGGGUAUCGGCAUCUUCUUGAUUGUCUUCUUCGGUAGUAUGUUGAUUGGUGUGGUUGUGGGCGUUCUAAUGGCGCUGCUUCUGAAGCUCACAUACAUUCGACGAUACCCCAAGAACGAGAGCUGCCUCGUUGUGCUGGUUGCAUAUGCCACCUACUUCUUCUCCCAUGCCAUUCACAUGUCCGGCAUUGUAUCUUUGCUGUUUUGUGGCAUUACAUUGAAGCACUACGCCUAUUUCAACAUGUCUCGGCGAACCCAGCUUACGACCAAGUUCAUAUUCCAGAUUCUUGCUCAGCUGUCUGAGAAUUUCAUUUUCAUUUACCUCGGGCUCGCAUUGUUCACGGAUAACGCCUUGCAAUUCCGACCUCUACUAAUUAUCAUCACCGUCUGCGCAGUCUGUGCCGCGCGAUGGGUGGCGGUAUUCCCCCUAUCCCGUCUCAUCAACUGGGUCAUCCGUUACAGGGCUCGUCGAAGAGGCGGAGACGUGAGCGAUGAGCUUCCCUAUAACUACCAGGCCAUGCUUUUCUGGGCUGGCCUACGCGGAGCCGUCGGCGUUGCUCUUGCGGCAUUGCUCACUGGCGAGAACUCGUAUGCCUUGAAGGCCACGGUUUUGGUGGUUGUAGUGCUUACCGUCAUCAUCUUCGGUGGCACAACGGCGCGUAUGUUGGAAAUCCUCGGUAUCCAGACCGGGGUUGUAGACGAGAUCGAUAGCGACGAUGAGUUCGAUAUUGAAACGUUCAGCGGCGGUCAGUAUGCUAAGCGCACCGGCACUGGUAUUGGCUACACUCCCCGACGGAAUGGCAGCCUGUCGCUGGACAACAUUGGGUUGCGCAACGGCGCACGGCCACCCGUGGGAGGAGAGCGCAGUAGUUAUGUGUCCGGCUCACACUCACCAAAUCCGAUCAAGAGACAGUCGAGUCACAGCCGCAAGAACUCCGAGGUCGAGAGGACCGACCUCUUGGGCCGCAGCGGCAACACGACGGAUUCGGACUUGGAAAGCGACAUUGACACGUCGGACCUCCCGCCCCCGGCGCGUCGGGAACCUCGCCGGAGGAGCCCAACAAUCCCUGGCGCCUCGCAAUCGUCAGUGACGUCGGGUGGCCUUCUCGCGCAAACCGAACCCGCGGGCGCUGUGGCCACGGCACCCCAUCACGUCUCGGCAACGUCUGCCAUUAGACAACUCUUCAGCCAUGGCGCCGAGGAUGCGGCGGGUCUGUUCAGGCAGCUGGACGAGGACUACAUCAAGCCAAAGCUGCUGCUCGACGGAGGGAGCAGCAGCCGGGGGAACGGCUCCGGUUCGGGCCCGGGCCCGGGCCAGGUUUAG